GGGAGAAUAACAAUUUAUAAGUAUUAGCAAAUCAAAUACAGUGCCAAAUAAAUUUCGUAAACUUAGAAUUAAGUUUUUCUACACAGCUUAUAACACUGACAGGCUCGCCUAAAAAUAGGCAAUACUUCGGUUGAAAAUUAACAGGCACUUCUUGUACAAUAAUUGUAAGCAAUCAGGGCUAUAUCAAAGGAAACACAGUGCCGCAUAUAUAAAUAUACACUUCCAUGCUAAUAUAAAUACAUAUAUUUUAUAAACAAAAAAGCAUAACCGGAGAAGAGGCCAUACAAAAAAUCAAAUACGAAUUCUCGCAUUAAUAAACAAGUGUUUGGCUGAGGUAGAGACAGCAUCUGCAAAAUUUUACCUGCGUACUGUAACGCUAAUUGAAUUAAGUAAAAGUACAAGUUUUAAGAAAACGACUUUUCAUAUAACAAUCACUGCCAUAUUUAUUCCAUAAAUAAAACACUAAGGAAAAAUGGAGCCAAAUCUCGUACAGCAACUGGUUAACGCUGCCGAGAAGGCAGCCAAUAUUGCGCGUAUAUGUCGUUCCAAUGAGGCGCUAUUACAGUUAUUGGUACAGGAAAAAACUGGACCGGAAGCGAAUGCACGUUUCGAACAUGAUUUCAAAACCCUUGCUGAUGUGCUGAUACAAGAGACUAUCAAACACGAUAUUGGUACGCUGUUUCCGGCAAUGCGCGAUGCCAUCAAAGGGGAAGAGUCGCCGAAUUUCAAAAAUGUAGAUGGUGAGUCUGUGACUAUUGCUAUAGGUGAGACGGCAGAGGAAACUGCGAAUUGCCUCGCGUCUAUACUAAAUGUUGAAGUAGCGGAAGUGCUUGCCGGUGAAGUGCAUCGCGCUGUGGUGUACGAGGAAUCACUUUUAGGGGAAAUACCUGCACUGCCCGCUGAUUUGGAUUAUAGCAAUUUGGGCAUUUGGAUUGAUCCAAUAGAUGGCACCGCUGAAUAUAUAUCCGGCGAUAGCAUAUUCACCGACUUUCCUGGCAUUACCUCAACUGGUUUGGACUGUGUUACUGUACUUGUAGGCGUCUACGAUCGUACGACCGGCAUACCGGUUAUUGGCGUUGUUUCCCAACCCUUUCACAAUAAAUUAGAUGAAAAUGUAUAUCGUUCGCUGGUGUUCUGGGGAGUAUGUCUACCGGAGCUACAAGCGAACAAUUGUCAAUUUGAGCGGCCAGAACGUGACAAUCGUUUAGGUAUAUUCUCUAGCUCGGAAAAUGGUGAUAUUCUCCAGCGGAUCAUGGAGUUGGGAUAUGAAUUUGCUUUUGCUGCUGGCGCUGGUCAUAAAGCAUUAAAAGUGAUUACCUGGGAGGUAGAUCUUUAUUUGCUGAGCAAAGGUUCAACUUUUAAAUGGGACACCUGUGCACCCCAAGCUAUAUUACGUUCAUUAGGUGGCGAUAUGUAUAGUUAUCGUGGCAGUAUUGGAGAUUCCAAACCUACACCACUCAGUUAUAUCGAAGAUGGUGAAGAAACGGCAGACACGAAAUGUAAUAAGGACGGUUUGAUAGCAGUACGUGAUGUAACCUUAUUGGAUGAUUUAUUGAAGAAGUUAACGGAGUAAAUGUGGCAGGGAUGGGUAAAACUUAUCAAAGAAAGCUUUUUAUUGACAAAGGAAGUAGUAGGCGCGUGAUUGCAGGUUAGAAUACUUGGUUAAAGUUAUUAUAUAUGUACUUUUGCUACGUUUAGAGUGAAAGUUUAAUAUUUUAAACGAUUAUUGUUUAUAUUGUAAGAAUUAAGUCUGCGAUCAUAUAUUAAAUAGGAUAAAAAUGCAUACAUGUAUUUUAUAUAAUUUAUUAAGUGCAAUGUAAUUAAGCAAUCCUAACUUUUAAAGCUUGUGUUGCAUACUGUUAGGCGUUCAACAGACAAAAUCGGUUAUUAAGUUUGUUUGAGUACGCUAAUGUUAUUGAAAACAAAUUCAGUGGGUAUUGGGUGCAGUUUGUGAGAGUAAAAGCUUAAAAGAAAUAUUUUUCCUCUACAUUUUACCUACCUCAAUA